AUGGUCAGGCUCAAGAAUCUCACCCCGCAAGAUGGCCUCCUCAAGUACGAAAAGAAUCUGAGAGAGUGGGGGGAGGAGGAGAUGGAUGCUGAAGGGGGGGAGGGUGGAGCUGAAGGUAUACGUGAGAGCGUUGAGGAAAAUGAGCAUGAGGACUCUUCGAGCGUACCACAUGAAGAAGCCAAAGUUGGAGAGAAGAGGCUGUACUCGCAUUCUUUCAUUGACAGAGCUGGCACCACUCAGACAGAUAGUCUCCCAGGUCUUCUUCUUGACCUGUCUUAUAUCCAUUUGCGUCAUGUGGACGGCACUUCCUCUAGCGUGGGGAUCUCGUACAAGGCUGAGAGUUAUACGAACAAGCUGGAUGUGAGGGCCGUUAAUCAAGAUGAUGGAGAGAAUGGGACGUUCAUAGCAGAGGGUCUGCUUUCGAGGACAGACCUAGGCUAUUACUCGACGCCCUCUUCCCAUUUUCCUUCUAAUAGCGACAUCACACACGAUAUCGUUGAGGAGGGAUCAUGGGGCGCCAUCGUAAUCAACGAAGGGGUCACUGGCGCUCUCCUUCAAGCCCGACAGAAUAGUGACGCCAGCUACAAUGGAUCGAGGGUGAUCAAUGCCUACUACGCUCAGGCUAGGCAGGAGAACGCGGCGAACGAAUUUCUGGUACCCUUGCUCCGGGCUUGUCUAGAGAAGCUCUGCGAGAACUUCAACCUCCAUGCCAUUCUUCCUGCUGAGCUUUGUCAUCCUGAAUGUCUCGAUCACACUCAUGCCUUAUCAGCUCCAGCCAUGGAUCUACAAGUACGGGCUAGCCAUGCCAUUCUACCAUCUCGGGCGUAUAGCCAGGACUAUAAUCUUCAACACCAAGAACGACAUUGGCCGCAGCGAAGCGUCCUCAUUGAUUGGAUCUUGGUCAACUUUGUGACCAUCACGGUUGGAUCGUACUAUUACCGGCGGAAAGCUGUCAGUGCGCACAAGCAGAAGGUAGCAGAAGAGAAGGGCAAGAAAGGAGCAUAA